AUGUCUCACGAUGUUCAUCGUGAUUCGAUGAAAAAAAUAACACGUUCAAAUAGUGACGAUGAUAUUCGUCUCCGUCCAGUAGCUACAUUAAUUCAUUCAAAACCAACAUCUCAUGGUGCCGGUGAAAUGAGUUUUGGUGCACGAGAUGAUGGUUCAUCGAUGUCAUCAUCAAAUGAAUAUGUAGCAUUAUCAUCAUAUCAAAAUACUUCAUCAGCUAUAGCAGGUUCAACAAAGGGAUACAUAUCCGAUCGACAACAUGUUACAGCUAUGUCAGAACAACAACCCACUGUUGCUCAUACAUAUGAAUUAUCAUUACCAAUAAAACUUCUUUCAGGAGAAGAUGAUGUUAAAUUAAGAGAAGAUAUAACUUAUGGUAGAAGUAAUCGCUUAUUACGAUAUGAUGGUGACUAA